CAGUGCCGCCAGCGAAACGCACGGCUAACCCAGGUGGCGAUUGCUGUGUUGGAACGCUGCUGUGUGUGUAUAAGCAUGUAUGAAUUAGUGUUAGAAUGUCUCUCGUUCCUGUCAACAGCACAUCCUAACGUUUAUCUACGUGAUAAUUAGUUGUUAAAAGUGCAAAACGGCGCCGCAGACAACACAGGAAGUUCUUUAAAGGAAAUUGUGUUAUGAUCGAUUUUAAAGCUAACCGACCCGAGCAGGGCGCUGUUGUAUACUCCCAGUUAUCCGAAGCCGUUGCUGCGCAUGUACAAAUUGCUGCCUGCACUUCCUGUCUGCCUAUUAAUACAAUCUUAGGACUCGAAUUUGAUUUCAGCUGACCGCUGACGAGCUGCAUAAUGCACAACAAUGUCCAAGCAGUGUCCCUGAAAUAAUUGCAUUUAUUUAGCGUUUUGCUUGCUUUUUGUUCAAGUAUUUUGUCUUUGCUUUAUUUUCCAUUCACGUCAUGGAUGUUAUUUUAAUAUGGCCUUGGAUAACAGAAUAGUUGCACUGGAAAAUCGGAUUUUUUCGGUGACCUUUACUGAUCCCAAUGUACUGUCCCCUAGGAGGAGUAUCGUUUGUUUAUUCAAUAUAUCCACCAGUAAAGCGUGGACACUAAAUGCAGCAGGAUGCUCAAGUCGCGCAGGCGUUUGUUAUCGCACGGCGCCUUCACUGGAGUGAUUGAUAUAUUAUGUCGGCAUUUAUUAUUUCUACUCUUCUUUCCUGUAAUAAUUCUCAGCCAGAAAGAUCCUCUCGUAGUCCAAACCACUCAAGGAUCAGUCCGAGGCUUUACGGCCACAUCGCCUCAUGGGAAGCAGGUUGAUGCCUUUCUUGGAAUUCCCUAUGCUCAGCCUCCAGUUGGAGAUCUCAGAUUCCGCCCUUCAGUGCCUAAAGAGCCCUGGCAAGGCAUUAUUAAUACAACAAAGCUUCCGAAUUCCUGUUAUCAGCAGAAUGAUACCGCGUUUGGUGAUUUCAUCGGUGCAGUAAUGUGGAAUCCUAACACUCCGAUUAGCGAAGAUUGCUUGUAUAUAAACUUGUGGAUACCACGACCUCGCCCUACCAAUGCUGUGGUAAUGGUGUGGAUUUAUGGAGGAGGAUUUAUGACGGGUACUGCAACUCUGGACGAAUACGAUGGCUCAAUAUUAGCCGCCGAAGAAAAUGUCAUUGUCGUAUCGUUUCAAUACCGUGUUGGUUCACUGGGCUUCAUGUACUUUGGAACGGAUGACAUGCCGGGGAAUGCCGGCCUCUGGGAUCAGGUGCUGGCACUGCGCUGGUUAAAGGAAAAUGUCAAGGCAUUCGGAGGCAAUCCCAACAAUGUGACGAUAUUUGGGGAAAGUGCCGGGGCCUCCAGUGUCUCUCUGCAUCUGCUGGCACCGCCGUCUCGCGAUCUGUUUAACCAAGCUAUUAUGGAGAGUGGAUCGGCAACAUGUCCCUGGGCCACAGUGACACCGGAAGAGGCUCUUAGGCGCUCUCUUAAGCUGACCAAGAUUUUAGGCUGCCGGAAAGAUCCGGUCACACAGAAUCUCGCCCUUAUUACUGAAUGUUUGAGAAAACUUGCUCCCAUUGAGUUUGCCAUGUACGAGUUGGAUGUCACCGGUGGACUUCUGGAAUUCCCCUUUGUAGCUGUCAUCGAUGGGGAUUUUUUACCCCAACGUCCCGAAACCAUUCUACGCAAUGGGCAAUAUAAACGCUGUAACGUUCUAUUGGGGAGUAAUUCAGAGGAAGGAUCCUUUUUUAUGAACUACCAUUUCAAAAAUUUCCAAACAACCGGCGAAGACGUAUCUCUCAGUCAUGAAGAGCUAAUCAAUGCCUACGAAAAUGCCUUUUAUAACUUUAGCCGGAUUGCCAAAGACGCCAUUAUUUUUCAGUAUACCGACUGGAUCCAUCCUAAUGAUCCAACGAACAACGUAAAUUUGUUGGAUAAAGCCAUAGGAGAUUACUUUUUUACCUGUAAUGUCAACGAAGUGGCAAUGGUGUACGCAACCGGAGGGCAAAACGUUUAUAUGUAUUUAUUCAAUCACCGAUCAUCAAACAUGGCUUGGCCAAAAUGGCUGGGCGUACCACAUGGAUACGAAAUCGAAUACCUUUUUGGUUUGCCACUGGAUCCGGCAAGGUCAUACACAAAAGCCGAAGCCGACCUUGCACGGAGAAUGAUGGCUCACUGGGCAAACUUUGCCAAGACGGGGAAUCCAAGUUUUAGAGAAGGUGGAGGUUUCGCUAAACAUUCCUGGCCGGUGUUUACCAGCCACGGAAAGGAAUAUAUGCCUCUAAAUGUUAAAGAACCCGUUAUUGGACGAGGACAUCGUGCAACACAAUGUGCCUUUUGGAAACUUUAUAUGCCGCAGCUGAUGUCCAUGACAGCUAAUAUUGACGAAGUGGAAGCGCAAUGGAAGCUGCAGUUUCAUGAAUGGAACACGAAAUACAUUGUGGACUGGAAGGCGCAGUUUGACCGCUAUGUUCGUCAUGCUCGAAAGCUACAGUCUCACAAACUGUUCGGACAUGAGGAGCUGUAGAUGCGCCUGUAAUCUGAUAAUUAUAAUAAACAACGAUACAAUACUAUGUUAAACGUGUCUGAUUUUUGGGUAUGUGUAAUUACAGUAACCAAGAUGUCCUGCCCGCUAUAACUGCUUAUGUUGCUUUUGUAAUUUCUUGGUAGAAAUGCAUAUACCGCAUAUCGGGAUUGAUGCACAUUUGGUUUCUGAUUUUAUUAUUGCGUUAGAAAAAGAUAUUACAUUCAUCGUAUAUGGCACACUGAUGUAUCGCGAUGUUCCCUAUGAAAACAACUUUUGUGAAUUUUUAUUAUUUGUUGUGUUGCAUUAUUGCCUUUUCUGUAGCUUGUGGUUUGUAAAAGCUUAAAGUAAUAAACAAUAAUAUACCAUUAAUAUCGACACACGAACUUCACCAUA